GCCCUGCGUCGACGGAAGGGGCGGUGGCAGCGGCCCCCGGCGGAGCCUACGGCAGCCCCGCCCGCAGUGCCUCCCCGCGCGGCCCUCCGGAAACAGCGCCCGCGCUCCGCCGGGCCGCCAUGGAGGGCGAGGCGGCGUGGAUGGAGCGGGCCUUCGACAUGGCCCAGGAGGCGCUGGAAGCCGGGGAGGUGCCCGUCGGCUGUCUGCUGGUGUACGACGGCGCUGCGAUCGGCAAGGGCAGGAACGAGGUGAACGAGACCAAGAACGCUACUCGGCAUGCAGAAAUGGUGGCAAUUGAUCAGGUCCUUGAGUGGUGCCAGCAACACAAGAAAGAUCACGAGGAAGUGUUUUCACACUCGGUAUUGUAUGUAACUGUAGAGCCUUGUAUCAUGUGUGCGGCUGCCUUGCGCUUGAUGAAAAUUCCACGAGUUGUAUAUGGCUGUCGAAAUGAGCGAUUUGGAGGUUGUGGCUCAGUUCUGAGCAUCUCGUCUGAUGAUAUCGUAGACACGGGAGAACCAUUUGAAUGCAUUGCUGGCUAUCGUGCCAAAGACGCAGUGGAGAUGUUAAAAGCUUUCUACAGACAAGAAAAUCCCAAUGCACCAAAAUCAAAAGUGCGGAAAAAGGACAAUCGUAAGUAGUCCUGCAGUGACAUGAGUUAGGAGUUCACAAAAACACGAUACGUGAAGUUUUCUUCCAUGUCUAUCUUUCUCAGAAUGUGCAGUCAAAUAAAACUAUAUUAAAUAUGUUCUGUAAAGCGUUUUUACUAAUAAGUUGCUACCUUUUCCUGCAUCUCUACGUAUGCCUGUGAUUUCCUGUUAUUAUACAUUACCAAACAGAAGAACAAGCGACUGUUCAUGAGCGAGAGGAAAAUUCAUGGUCCAGGUUGUGUUGUUUACAGCCAGAUGGAUCCAUUAUAACGAUGCCAUUCUGCACAGCACAUUCUAGAGUAUUUUCUUACCUUCCUUCUGGAAAAGCUUCUUGCUUUUCAAUAGCAAAUGCUUGCUUAGGCAAGUAAGUAAAUCUCUUGGAAGAUUACAUUUGUAACACCUUCACAGUUCUUGUGUGUAGGUUUAAUCACAAGACAUAUAAAGCACAGGACAGUCCUUGAAGAUUUCAGAUAAGACCAUUGUAGCAGUUUUUCUUUGAACACUCCCUCUAGCAUAUACCAGAUUUUCAAACAAGUUCCAGAAGUCAUAUAGACUGUAUCGAGACAGAAACGUGUGCAAAAUUGCAUUCCUCAAUUUGUAUAUGCUAUUGCUAAUGAGCAUAAGCAAGCACCGCGUGGCUUUUCAGAAAGCAGCGCUUUCAUACAAAGUUGCAGAAGAUGUGAAAUCUCUCAUGAAUAUUAGGAUAAGAAAUGCUUUAUUGUUAAGAAUCUGUUCAGAAGUUGGAAUCAUUCCCAGCUACUAAGUUGUAGUAACUGAAAUGGGCAGAUACAUAAGAAAAGGAGAACAUGAAAUUGGUAAUAGUAUGAAUAAAAUAGCUUUGAGAUACUGUUUCUUUUCCUAGUGCUGGUUGGUUUUAUCAUUUCCAUGUACUUUGCUUGGCCAUGCAGUAAUUUAUAAUCCAGAAGAGGGCCUUACAGUUCCACUAAUGAAUUAAGAGCACAAGCCCGGUUCAAUCUUGAUUUUAUUGCUCUUAGCGUGUACUUAAGCAUGAAACUGUGGCUUAAAGAGUUGAUAUUUAGCAAUUUGAGAAAUGUCUUUCUUUUUUUUUAAUGUGAAACAGUGGUUAGAAUUCUGUAACUACAUAAAUUGAGUACAAUUAAACCUUUAGAAUAUUUCAAACAAA